UCAACGGCAGAUCUUACAACACAUAUUGGGAUGAAAGUCGUCGCUAUUCUUCUGCUAAGCAGCCUCACCAUUGGGAUGGUCCUGGCAUUUCCUGGUGACUACGUUGCAAGUGUUGCUUUGCCAGUUGGUGACGAGCAUGUUAUUGCAUUGGCCAAUCCAUCAGAUGCGGGAUCCGGAGAACCAUCGACAUCGGCAGACCAGAUUACUAACAGCAUUCGCCGGCCUCGUCAUCUUCUAGAAAAAUUGUUUGAGCCAAAAGUGGUCGUACAGCCCAUAAUUGUGGAGCGAUCCUCGCCGUUACAAUAUCAACAAGCCCUUCCCGGCCCCUAUCAGUUCCCAGAUCAGUUUCCAAAUCAGUUUCCAAAUCAGUUUCCAAUUCAGUUUCCAAACCAGUUUCCAAUUCAGUUUCCAAAUCAGUUACCAAAUCAGUUUCCAAAUCAGUUUCAAAAUCAGUACCAAGUACCGAACCAAGAAAGGGAAUGGUAACUGUAUUUUAACAGGUAAUCAAAGCUUAUUUAAUGUAAAAAUAAACGUAAUAAAAAAUUGUACUAAAAAAACCAA